AUGCCCAAGGCUCCCAAGGGAAAGGGCAAAGACAAAAGCCGCCAAACCUCCCCAGAAGUCGUAGAAUUCACUCCAUACGCGCGCAUCCACGCUGUGCCAAGGCCCAACAAAUCACACUCCCAGUCGGAACCAGUACACCGCAAAUACCAUCACCCACACCAUCUCCAGCCCGCCGCGCCCCCCCGAGGCGAAGGCGUUUCUGCCAACUCGGCCAGGCGCCGCCGCCUGAAGAAGCGCCUCCGUAAGGGCGAGAGCGGCGUUUCAGCCGUCACCAUUGAGGACGCCGAUGAUUCGGAUGUGUAUGAGGUGAAGGCUGAGCCCAACGGCACGACCUCAUCAUUGCGUCUCACAAACCGUAUCAAGCCCGAUUCGGACGCGCCCGACACUGGGCGCUGCGGCCUGUCCACCUCGGACAUGAAUGGCACCCAUGCCCCGGAACAACACCUCAAGCGCGAUCUCGAGGUCGCACACCUGCGGAAGAAGGUUUCCACUAUGGCUAAGGCAGAUGAGGAAACCCAGAAAGGCAUUGCGCAGAUGCGCGCGCGCAUCGCCGAGCUUGAGCACACUCUUGAGAUGCAGCUGGCGGACAUGGGCAAAACAAAGGAUGAAAUUGAGGUAAAGGAGAAGCUUAUCAACGACCACAGCAGUCGAAACGACAGCCUUUGCGAGCUCCUCCACUGCGGUGUCUGUAUGGAGCCGCUCGACGACCCCUACACGCUUCAAUGCGGUCAUACGGCGUGUCUCAAAUGUCUGCAAGGGUGGUUCCGCUCGCCGACCGCAUACCCUGCAGCCGACAUCGAGGCGAUCGACGAGGAGGACGAUUUAACGUACCGCACCAAGACUUGUCACAUGUGCCGCACCCCAAUCUUCCGUCGGCCGAUUCGCAACAUCCUCCUCAACCAUGUCUUGGAGUUGACUGGGCUGGCUGCCUCCGCUGUCAACGCAAAGUCGACAUCGAGAGCAGAGCUGGACUUGAUGUGGUCGAAGAUCUUUCCUCCCGAGCCCAGUUCCUGGAUCUUGCACGACGACAUCGACAACGUCAAUCGCUGUCCCAACUGUGGAUUCGAAGUUACCUACGCCGAGUGUGAUCGCUGCGGCAGCACCUUCUCUGCUCCCGGCUCUGCACGCGAGCCGGUGGAGGUCUUUGAAGUCCCGGACAGAGUCGAUCUUGGCAACGGCCUGCUGCUGGAUCCGCAGAUCGCGGCUAUGAACGCCUUCCGUGCUCCGCGGAGACAGCGUGACCGCCACUUUCUCGUCGACGAUGAGGCUGAGGACGACGAAGAUGAAGAAGAGGGCACAGUUGAGGAAGACGAGGAAGACUAUAACGCGCAUCUCCUUCGGACGCUCGAUGCCGUCGACUACGGUGGCUGGGGGAGCACCAGCUCUCUGUCUUAUGCCGGUGACAGUGACGGCGAACGCAGUCAACGGCCCGCGAAGUGGCGGCGCCUAUGA